AUGUUGACCCAGCUGUUUGCUACCAACGUAGGUGUUUCAUCAAAGAGCGCCUUGGAUGAGCAGAUCGCAACCAUUCGAUUCAACACUGCCAGUGCAAUUACGAUUACCGAGACAGUUGCUUUUCCGAUGCACAAUGACCAAGCAGAUCAAGAAGAUCCCGAAACUGCAACUUUUGGACUGAUCCCCUUCACCGAAGGUGCAGACAACCCAUUUGUCGUGCCGUCUCCUGGGCCAGCUGGUCCUUCUCCUCAGCAAUCUCCUGUUCCAUCUCCUGGACCAUAUGCCGGCCCAACACUUGGGUCUGGGCUAUGCCCAGGUGCUAACCAACCAAGCGUUUUCUCGCCAUCUUGCUCGACUUCACGUGCCCCAGCUAAUCAAACAUCAUCAACAGCGGUGUCAUCAUCUCCACCACCAGCACCAACUCCAGAUCCACAACCACCAGGGGUGUCCGCUGAUGCUGACUCUGUUAGGGAGGACCCUCCAUCCCCAUAUCAGGAGGAGGUCAUUCGCGGUCUUCAAUUCACCCCCAUGAGCAAGCACAGCAUGAUGCACAAUUUGUCUCAACUGUGCUCUCGUGGGGAAAGAGAAAGGCCAAUUUCUUUCAAACAUCUUGCUGCUAUAGAAGGAAACCAAUCAAGCGUUUUCUCGCCAUCUUGCUCGACUUCACCUGCCCCAGCUAAUCAAACAUCAUCAACAGCGGUGUCAUCAUCUCCACCACCAGCACCAACUCCACCACCAGAUCCACAACCACCAGGGGUGUCCGCUGACGCUGACUCUGUUAGGGAGGACCCUCCAUCCCCAUAUCAGGAGGAGGUCAUUCGCGGUCUUCAAUUCACCGACUACACCUGCCCCAGCUAA